CGCCUCAGUACGUCGCCCGAUGUCCGAAUGGAAGGGUUUCGCGUAAUCGCAUGACCGUAGCGUCAUAUGGCUACACGACGACUACGGUGGCCGCUGGCCACCACCGCCGCCAGGAUGGUACUUGUCGCCAUCGUCGUGUCCGCAACGACCGUUCAUCUGGCUGCCAGCCACAAAGCCGUCAAAGACAAAUCGGGUAAGUUCAGUUUUUCAGAAAAAAAAAAAAAAAACCAAAAUUUUCCUACACACCUAAUCUAACAUGAUAAUCUAUUGUGUUUGUGUUACGCGCGCGGAAAACAGUGUUUUCCAUUUUUCUACGCGGAUUCUAUUAUUGUUGAUAUAUUUAAAAAUAAAUACAUUUUCGUAUAUAAAUAUAAAUAAUAUGUAUAAUUUAUAAUAUAAAAUGCACUUUGGUUUUAAAAAUAUUUAAUCUUUACAAUUUCCCACGUCACUACCGUUGUCUUUCAACGAUCAACGAAUAAAUUGUAAACCGUAUGCCACUUCCCAACCAAAAGCCACGGUGUUCCCCAGGGCGCACAGUGCGGUGGUCAGCUUCACUCCCCUUAAAUUGACGUUUUCGGCAAACAAGUCGAUGAUGAUUAAUACCGCUGCUAUCAGAUGUAGGAUCACGGCUAAACACGACGAGUACAGGGUCUGAAAAAAACGACGUACAUAUAUUUUAACAAUAUUAUAACUUAUUGGACAGUACUUAAUAACAAUAUAUAAUACAAUUUGUUUUACAAUUAUAUAGGUGAAGAGUUGAUAUAUUUUUUUUUUUGGGGGGGGGGGAUUAGAAUAAUCUUAAUAUAUUAUAUUGAGACUGGCUCAUUAUAAAUUAACAAUUUUGGAAGAGCUUUCGAUACACAAGACGAACAGCAACUAUAUAUACAAGCAAUCUGUGCCAAUCAGAUGUAGUAGAAUGGUAAAACAGACACGUUUUAUAGAAAAAAAGAUAUAAAAAUCAUAUAUAUCACAGGGACCCGUCAUCGGCAGUAAAAUUGACAUCGUUUGUCGUAUAUAAAAAAAACCUAUUAAUCGUUGAAUCUGCAGUCUGUACGAUAUUCUAUAAAAUAUCUUAUGUACUCAGCACCAUUCGGUGGCGAAUUCAGUGAUUAAUUUCCGAGAGAGAGGAGGCAAAAUAAUUUAUAAUAACACAAGAAAAAAGCAUAUAUACAAUAAUACACUGUGUUUGGGAAAGGGGAAACGCUCCCAUUGUCCCUUACCGUUGGAUCCAACACUCAGCGGCAUGCACAAUAGGAGAAAGGUUAGGGGUUAUAUCCCUCUCCUCCAUUGGUUUAAAAAUAUUCUGAAAACAUAUUGGUUUAAACAUUUUAUCUUGAAAUUAAAUAUUUCAGCCAAGUUACGUGAGGUAAACGCUUGAUUUAUCGAACAGAAAUCAGAUUUUAAAUUGUCAUUGUCGGUUUAGGUAUAUUAUCACAGAAGAAGAUUCGACGAUUUAUUAUUCUGACUAUAUCCCGUCUCUUUGAAAAUUCCCGGGUACGCCACUGAUAAGUACCUAAAUACACAUAAGCCGGUGAAGCCGGCGCAUAAUAUAUACUUGAAGGGGAGGGGGGAAUGUACAGGAUAUUUUAGGGCCACCGUAUGUACACAUUUGUUGUGCAUAUACGAAAUGAACAAUCGGCCGGGCGAUAUUGAUCGUCGCGGUUGUGUGUGUGCCGACCCGCUCGCGUAUAUUUUACGUCCGAUUUCCCGUUACGCCGGUGAAUAUAAUAAUAUACAAAGCCACCUUCCUCUUGUUUGACACGCGACUUUUUUCUGUUUUUUUUUUUUUCUGUUCGUGUUUAUUCCCCGUCGUCGACUGUUCAACAGCCUGACAAUGAAUUUUCUCGCUCGAUUAUUCGUCAUUUUCUAUAUUAUUAUAUAUAUAUAUAUAUAUAUAUAUAGGGUCGUUAUUAUAUACACCUAUACCUAACCCUCUUUUCCGUGGUGUUAGUCACAUAUAUACAAUAGGUAUAGGUAUAAUACACAUCCGCCGCGUCACCGACGACGACGGCGUCGAAGUCUGCACCGGAACUGAAUUAGUUGAAUUAUUAAAGAGGCAAUUUCGCGUUUGAAACUUUUUUAUUUUUUUUUUCCCGGUCAGAGAAGUUAUUUAUAGUAUAAAUAACGCGCAAUGAAAAACCGUAUAGGUAUAAGUUUAAAAAUCGUAUACCGCGUACAGCGCCGACAGCUAAAUAAAAUAAACGUCGCAUAUUUUAAACGUGUUUUAUGAAUUCCCGCACGAAAUAUAUUAUGACUCGAUUUUCGGACGUAUACAUGAAUUAUAAAAUAAAUUAUAGAUAUCAUAUAAUAUAAUAUAGGUAAAGAUAUUAAUGAAAAGACACAAGUAUAUACAAAUUUUAAUUAUUAUAAAUAAAUAAACGAUAAAAUAAAAGUUAUUCGACUUGUUACCUACAACUUUAAAUGGUAUUACUUAUGCAAUGAUGAUAACAAUUUUUGUCUGUCUGUCUGACAGAUUUUUGACCUGUAGAAAUCUAGCACCGUUCGUAUCAACAUCAGAAGUAGUUUCUGGUAGCAAAUAUUGUCUAGUCGUUUUUUUGUAUUUUGUCAGGUCAGGUUAUUUUAUACUCCUUGUCGUUUUCUUAGUGUUUACGUAAUGGUGAAAACUCGAUAGAAAAACUUCGGAAAAACGGGAAUGUUUAGGAUUUAACUGUUUUUGUUGUUUCGUUUUUUUUUUAUUGUUGUCAAUGAAAACUAAUUACCUGAGAUCUGAAACUUUCACUUCAGUUAUUUAUAGCUAUUUUAUAUUUUUAAACUUUUUUUGGUUUUAUUAUGUGUAUACAAAAAAAUGUAGUUUAUUUUAUCAGCGUUUUAAGUUCAAAUUCUUUAAUAACGAGUAAUGUCAAAUUAAUUCAAUAUUAAGUUUGAAUUUAUUAAUAUGUAGGUUCAUUAUGUUUAACGGCACUUUGUUCAGAAUCAAUUUUCGUUUGCAACGAGUUAUCAUAGAGUACAGAUUUAAAUUAAAUAUUACCAGCUAUGGUAUUACCUGCUGGAUUUGACAAUUGCAUAGGACAUUAUUGUCAAAAUCAAUAUACACAUCCUGUGUAUAUUCUACCUUCCCAUCUUCACACUUACAAUAGUGGUCAUCGCAUUGUAUGAAGUACCUAUGUCUGAAAUUUUUUAAUUUUAUUUAUUAGGUAUGAUAAUUAUAAUUGCAUACAUGGUGCUUAUGGUUAUAAUAUAUACCAUUUCUGAUCUCACAUAAAAUAUAAAUAAACUAUUGUAAAAAUAAAAUAAUAAAUUAAAUUUUAAAAGCAAUACCUAUGUCCUAUAUGUAUGACAACAAAUAUGAUUACCAACCGAAAUGGUGUAGUUUAUAAAUACAAUAAAUAGUAAAAUAAAAUAAAAAUUCUGAACUUUAUAGUUUGAUUGGCGAAUAACAAUAAUAAAAUCAAUGGGAAAUAUAUUUAACAUAAAAAUACGGUUUUUCGUUUUAUUCACAUAGGGAAAUUUUCAAGGUAUUAAAAUACAAAUUUCCGUAAAAUAAUAAAAAAAAAGAAAUACAAAUUUAAAAAUCGCUUUCCGUCAGGAAUAAAAUAUAUUAUGGUGUAGGAUCAUCUUAAAAUCUUAAUGUUAAUAGAACAAGGGGCGAAUUCUGUUAAAAUGUUGGAUGUUUAAAAGUCAUUGAAUAUAUAAUUUGGAUUUUAAAACUUUGGAGAAAAAUCAUUCGAAAAUUUUAAUUCAUAUAAUCUAGAGUAUUGAAACAGUUUUUUUCUUUUGUAAAGAAUCAAAUUAAAUUUGUAUUUCUUCAAAGAAAUAUUUUACUCACUCAGCUUUAUUCAUAAUUUCUCCCUUUUUAUCAUUUUUUUAAUAGAUAUAAUUAUGCAUUUUAUUAUAUUAUAUGUAUAAAUACAUUCAAUAGAAAUUCAAUUAUAUUUUACUAUGGGGUGAAUUUCAUUUUUUUUUUUUUUUUAUGUAUCGAGGGGUAAUUUUGAACAUUUUAUUUUUUGAUCCUUGUCCCGAAUUAAAAUAUUAAAAACUUUUAUCACAAAAUAUGAAGCCUGUAUAGGAAAAAACUUACAUUUAUUAUCGAUUUGCGGGCUAGAUGUAAUACCUAUACAUUAUAUUAUAUAGGUAGUUUGGUUCAUAUAAUAAAAUAUUCGUAAAAAUAUUUUAUAGUAUACCGGUAUAAUACUAUCCAAUAAUAUCAUUUAAGAGUUUAAGACCAUCAGCAACGAAUUUUCCUUCUACCAUCUAAUAAUAUAAAAACUUGCUCCCAUCUAAUAUUAUAUAAUAUAUUUACAGCUGCAAGUCCAGAAUCUAUAAAGUCUCUCUUGCCGUCCGGCCCCAAUCCCCGGCAGUAUUCGUUUGAGACACUAUAUUUUUAUCCUCUAAUCUAACCUAAGCUAUUAAUAGUCCAAAGUCUGUUAAAGCCCCUUUUUCCUGCGUUGGUAUUACAACAUAAAAUAUAUUUAUACAAGUAUAUUUUAUAUAUAAUGCCGCCAUAUUUAAUUCUGUAAAACCUUUUUUGAAAUACAAAAAAAGAAGGUUUUCUUUUCUUUAAAAAACUGAUUAAAUGGAAAAUGCAUUUUUCAACUAUCAUUUAAUAUAUAUUUUAUUUCUUUCAAGUCGGCUAAAUACAUCAACAUGUAGCUAAACUCGUAUAUUAAUCAGGAUCUGAUAUAAUCAAUUUUUUAAAUUAUGUAUACGAUAUAGUAAAUUAAAACUGAAUACAUUUUAUAUCCAAUUUCUGCAGUAAGGAAUUAUGUUCAACUUGAAAAAUUUUAGGAUAAAAUAAAUACUGGGUCUAACAAUGUACUGUAAAUGUAAGUAAUACACCUCUCGUCAAUCGUUUUUGAAAUAUUAUGGUAUGAGAAAAAAAGCGCACAACCCUUCAAUGUACUAAACAAAUAUUAAUUAAAUAUGAAAUAUUAUGUGUGGUAAUGUUCAAGAAACAUCAAGUUUAAAAUACCUUUAUAUACAACUUUAACUGUUUAAUUAAAGUAAUACACUAUAUUUUAGGUAUUUAUACCCUAUUAGCUAAUUGUCAUCGACGCUUUAGGGGACUCUAAGGCUCUAACACUUACAUUUGUAUUCUCAUAUCUAUCUCGUACGUAUAAUAUAGUGAAAAAAGAAUUCUGAACUUCAACAAUUGUGACUCUGGGUGAGUUCAGGACAAAGGGAUCUGAUAUAGAUUUAAAAAAUUACAGUAUUUUCUAUGCCUAAUAAACUGAAUGAUUUUUUUUAAAUAUUUGUAUUUUUUAAUAAGUUAUUAAUGGUUAAAAUUAAGAGAAAUUAUAACACGCAUAAAAAGGAUAAAGAAUGGAAACUAUUAAAAAAUCAUUCGCGGUCAUGGCACAGUAAAUAAUACUCUUUUCUUUAUAAAAAGUAUAUUAUUAAUCCCUUUGCCCUAAACCCAACCAGGGAGUCACAAUCAAUGAAGUGCGGAAUGAUUUUUUGCCAUAUUUAAUUACGCGUAAGAUAGACAGAGAAAACAAAUAUUGGUAUAGAGGCUCCUUAACCUAUUUACUUUAUUUUAAAUACGAAUUAUUGGUCACUGCAAUAUUCGUAUAACUGUUCGUUUUAUACUCUUCUACAGUCAAGAGCUUAAAUUUCGUAUAGGUAUCUAUAUAAUAAUCAUUUAUGGUAGAAAACGAUUUAAAAAAAGAUAUAUACUUGUACAAAUUAUUAUAUACUAUUAAUUAUUAAAGGUAAAACGGCCAAAAUUGACACGCGCUUAUAUAUAUUACUUCGUUGAACUUUUUUGACCUCGAGACAGUUCAUUAGCGAGUCCGUAUACUACUGCGCACACAUAUAUGAUACAUAUAUAUUGUGUUUUCAAUUUAAAUUUAUGACAAAAACCCCGGGCUAUUAACUUACGCAACGUGUAAACUCGAACUUUUAAACCACUAGGUACUUAUAUAUACCACGUACCUACGUACCAUCGGAAAGGUUAUAAAAGCGGAGAGCGGGAAUUAAAGAAACCUGCUGUAGGUUUUUUCUCCUGGGAACCAUUAAAACCCAUGUGGCGACAGACAUUUAACCGUAUACGUAUAUGUAUAUUGUAGGUAGGUAUAGUUAGGUAGGUACGUAUUAAAUAAGGUUCCUCGUUGGCCUUUUAAAUUUAUUCAACCCCUUAUAAUACAGGACGAUGAACAAUGAACACUUUUUGUUUGUUUACCACUCGGUCAGAUACUGGUUCCGUUAUGCAUAUGCUCGUCAGGACGAUAAUACCGAUUCCCACGUAACAGUACAGCGUUAAAUACACGAAUUCUGAAGUGAUAUUUGAAAUGGUAAUGUCCGUUACAAAGAAAAGUGUUACUAUACUGCAAAUGGAAAGGAUCUGAAAAAAAGAAAAGAUUAAUUUCAUUAUUAUACCCUAAUAAUUUUAGUAUGUUAUGUUCAAGUAUUGUCUGUAGUAUUGGUAUAUUGUACUUGUAUAGUGUAUAUUGUAAUAAUAUUUUUGUUUAAAACUACAUUUUAUACUAUACUGCAGUAUAUAGGUACAUUUUAAAAUUAAUUGUUCCUCCUAUCACUCAAAAAAUCACUAGAUUUAAAAAUAUUCGAAAUUCAUUAUGAUAUUGCUUAUGCAUAAUAAUACGGUUUUUAUAUCAUGUACACAAUUAUAUCGUAUGUACAUUUAUAUUAUAAGUACAGUAAGUUCUAUAUAAAUAUAUACCUAUAUUUUUUCAAUAUAUGACGAUUGAAUUACGUUUAAAAAAUAAUUUAAAACAAUAUACAUAUAUUAUUUUUCUGGUACAAUAUGAUAUGCUAGCCAAUAUAUAGUUAUAUUUAUAACCGUAUUUGUAUAAUUGCAUUUUAUAACUGUAUAGGUUUGGUAUACGUUAAUAAUUCGUUGAAAAGUGUUACGGAUAUUUUUAAUGUACGACGUAUACAGAGGUUAUUUACAAAAAAUAUAUUACUUUAAUGAAUGUGAUAACGCCAAAAAAUGUAUAGAUUCGUGUAAAAUUAAAGUACCUAUAUAGAAUAUUUUACGAGACAGUGCGUGUAUACAGUGUGUCCCAUCGUGUACGACGGAUUUUUCUAGCGCUGUUAUAUUAUAUUUUUUAAAAUUUUUUUUUUAAUCGGUUUGUCUUCAAGGAGCACAUUGAUUUGGAGAAAAAUUAAAUUUUUAUUUUCAUCCCCUAAGCAAAAAAAAAACUUUAUUUAAUAAUUAAUUUAUUAUAUAAUUUAUAAAAUAAUUUGAAUGUAUCACACAUUCACAUCCGAUGAAUAAUUUCUCAGUUAUAGCCGUUUUAAUUAGGUGUGAAAACAAUUAAUAUUCAAUAAAAUAACACGUUCUGCGAUUAGUAAUUAUAAUCAGCAUGGUAAUUCUUUACCUUCUAUUGAAUAUUAAUUAUUUUCACGCCUAUAUUUUCUAGAAAUUAAAACUGCUAUAAUUAAGAAACUAUUAAUCUGAUAUGAGUGUAUGAUACAUUCAAAUCAUCAGAAUAUUUUUUUUUUUAAAAUGGCUAUUUUGAAAAUUUUCAAAAGUGAAUAAAUAAAAAGUUAUUUUUUUGUCGUCCUCCCCGAAGAUAAAUUGAUUGGAAAAAAAAAUGAAUAUUAACAAAAAUCCGUCGAACAUGGUGGGGCACUCUGUAUAUCUAUACGAGCAUUACGACCUAUAAAAGUAAAAGAGAUAACCAGCUAACUGAAAAUUAUGUAUAACAAUAAAGAUCGUUUUAACACGGAUAAAUGAAAAUUUAUUGUUAUAUACGCUUGUGACCAAUUGAAUCUAUAGCCAAAUAAUUUUACUUUUAUUCCUUCUACCGAGGUAUAUAUACAUACAUAUAAUCAAAUUAAAUUUAUAUAUAAACUAAUGAUAAAGUUUUAAACGCGUAAUUUUGUUGUUUAAAUAAAACUAAACAAAAUGCACUAUAUUUUGUAUUUUUACCUUUAUAACCAAGAUGUUUUCCAAGAUAAAAAGCUUAAUAUUAUAUUAUCGGUACUAUAGUGAAUAAUCAUAACAUUUUAUUAUAUCAUUGUUUUUUUUUUUUUGAAUUUCCUUUUGUUUAUGCAAGUUAAAAUUAAGUUUUUGAUACUUUUUUCAUUAAUUUUACUAAACGUCCUUUAUUGUAUUUUGUUUCACGACUGCAGUAAACAGUUUAAUAAAUCGAACGCUGACAUUUUUUUUACUUAAUUUCCAAAAUGCACACACAUAUUGAAUUUAAAUCUCUUUAUACAAAUAACAACUUAUAUAACUUUGCGUUGUUAUCAAAAUGUUUAAAUUAUAUCGUAUUGUAGAGAAUGUAUUUUAUUGUCAUUAUAUAUAUGUGCAUUGUGUACAUACCUAAAAAUAAUGCUAACAAACAUAAUUUACACAAUAGUAGUGGCUAUACUCAUCAGCCCGCGAAGUAAAUGAGACACUGCUCAAUCAAAUUUUUUUUAAAUACAAAAAAAUAUAGUUAUAGUUUAUUUAUAAUAACAUUUUUUAAAAUAUUUAAAUAAAUUUCGUUCGAAAUGUACCUAAACCUAUGUCAUACAUGUAUUUAUCGGUUUCAGAAAAAUAUGAAUAAGUACCUACAAAAUAUUUUUAAAUUUUCAAAAUAAUUACUAAUAACUGAAACCUAAAAAAUUAACAUUACCAAAUUUAUAAUAAUUAAUAAACGAUAAUAGCACGUUAUUUUCUAAUUAUGAUACCAUUAUUUUUAUAAUUUUCAAAAUAUUCACCACUUAAAUAUGGUUCACGAGCCGUCACUAUAUACAAGAGAAUCAUGUAUAAAUUAUAAUGCUACACGAUUUUUUUCAAGUAUUUUUAUAUAUUUUAUAAAUUGCUAUUUUUUAUUGUGUGUGGCAAAGUUGAUAUAUGGAAAGAUUAAAAAAUACACAUGUGUGUAUAUAUAUAUAUAUGAAAAAGGAUGUCGACUUUCCCAUCAAACCCUCAUUCACUUUGACGCUUUGACCGUCGUUUAUUAUAUAUUUUGUCGUAUUAUCGGCGCAUAUAUUGUUGUUCGCUGAAAAACGCAUACCUAUUAGAGCUAUUUUCACUGCAAUGCACAUAUUACCAUAAUAACUUUUAACAUUUGCCCUUUUCUCUUGGUAACAUCACAUAAUUUCCACAAAAUGUUUCCAGUCGAUAUUAUUUUAAUUUAAUUUUCAAUAUACGCCAGGUGUAUCUGCAGGAUUUAAAAAUUGUUUAUUAAAAAUUGUUAAAUUCUAUUCGGAUACCCAAUAUAGGACCUGUGUUGGUAAUAUUCCAUGAAAUAAGUUGACAAUAAAUAUUAUAAAAUUGUACAUAUAAGUAUUAUAUUAUUUUUUUAUAUGAAAUAUUUAUUAGACGCACGUUAAAAUUUGAAGCAUUUCGCGUUUCUAGUUAAAUAGAAAAAUAUAUUGAAAUACAAGUGCUGGUGUUUGUGCAAAAUUUUAAAUAUUUUUUUAUAGAAAAAACUCGAGGAAAUAAUUUCAAAUGCAUAUAUUGAAAAAAAAAAUAGAAUAUAAUAUAUUUUCACACAAAUAUUACACGUACAGAUUAUUAUAUUAUUUAUCGGAGGUGUGUGGUGUUAGCUAGGUGUCUAUACAAUAUAGGUCACAUUUUUAUUAGGGUUAUAAAUUUGUACGUGUAUUAUACUUAUAUAUACCUAUUCGGAAAGUAGGAAAAUCAAAAUGCUUCACCUUCUUUUUCAUCGGAAUCGCAAAGUAUACCUAUAGUACCUAUUGCAGGAUUUGAUUCUUAUACAUACAAGUAUAUAUUAAAAUUCAGACUUUCAAUAUUGCAAAUAUAAUAUGUUGAAAAAUAAUCUGUUUUUACAAAAUAUUACUAUUUUAAAGUUAUACACCCAGAUUGCAUGCAGGUAUUAUAAUAUAUGGUCAAAUAUGAAAGGAAUAAAAUACCAUUUUAAAUUUAGAAACUAUAUAGCCUUUAAAAAAAAAAAAAAAACUACCUAUUUGUAUGUAUACGUUAUGACUCUUAAGCAACUACCUACAUAUUAUACUCGUACAUAUUAUUAUGAUUAGACGACAAUAGUCAUAGUCAUUAAAAUUGUAAAAACGCUACAAUAAACACGUCUUAUACUCUUAUCUUUGUGUAUUUUACCACUUUCAUCGUUUUAACAUAAGGUGUAGGUACGAAUAAUCAAUAUACUUAUUAAAAAAAAUAUCCUGCACUAUGUAGAAUUAUUUUUAUAAUAAUUUUUAGGUUGAAUUAUUUUUAUUGCAUACGAGAGAUAUUAUAUUCCUGCAAUAUAAGUGCAUCAUCGCUGUAGCGUAUUAUUAAUUAGAUUAUAUUCAUAUUAAUCGCGUAUAUUACUCGUAUAUAAAACGAUAACAACCACCGCACAAACGCCAAAAUUUAAACUUCAAUUUUUGUUCUUUUAUUAAAGCUAUAUAAAAUAUUUAAAAUUAUAUUUAUGUAAAUGAAAAUCGUCUAAGAAUAACAACGAUGUAAUAUUUUUCCACACACUACUGUGGACGACUGUAUACAAUAUUAAAGGGCCUGCGCGUGACUUGUUUUUCGGUCAGAAAAUAAUAUGCUUAUCUCCUGCUUCGUAGAGUACAGUUCGAUUUCGAUCAUUUUUUUUUUUUUUAUUAUUGGACAAAUAAAGACUUUUUACAUGCGACUUUGUACUGGGAUUUUAAAAGUUAAAUUUUCAAACGUUAUGAUUAGAAUUCUAAAAUGACCAAUUUUUUACAUGUAAACCCGGUCAAGCGCAAGCCUGUUAGUACAAAACUUAAAACUGAUUUAAUUUGUUGUUAAGAUUUGUUAAGACUCUUGAACGGUAAAUGUUAAUAAUUUCUAAAAACACGAGCAGGGCACUUUUAACGAAUAAACUAUACGUCGUACACCAAAUAAGUUGUUUUCAAAUAUGAAAUUGAUAUAGUAAUUAAUUAUUGAUGUAUAUACCAGUAGUUUUUGCAAUAUCGACUUAUUUUUUGUUAAUAUUUUUUUCGUUUGUAUAUAAUAUUUUAUCGGAUGCAGCAAACAGUAAUGUGCAACAAUAAAAUCAAUUGUAUAAACGUGGACAAUUUUGGGCUGCAAUGUUGCAAAAUUGGUUUUUUUCUUUUUCAGAAAACUAGAAAUCCAAUAAAUAAUAUGAACAUUGAACAACAUUUUAUCCACGAUUAAAAUUAAUAAUUUUAAAUUCAAUAUAUUAUUGGGUAUACUCACGACUUGAACCACUUUCAGGCGGAAUAUCAUCGACUGUAGUAACGAUGUCAUGAUGACGGUGUAGGUAGGUGUAUAUAAAUAAUUAUUUUAUGAAAAUCUAUACAAAAACACAAAGAAAUAAAUUGUAUAUUUUAAAGAAUGGGUAGGAUAAUAUUAUAUUAAAGCUUUAUACGCGCGACGGUAUACACUUUACUCGUUACAUAGAAAAAGGACUAAUGAGUGGUGUCUAAUAGAUACCUACUUGCAGCAGUAUAGGUAUAGAUACGUGCCGGUGUUAACUCACUAUAAUUUGUUGGUACUUAUCUAUAUCUCGUUCAUCGUAUUAUUAUGGGCGAGGUUAAAGACUAUAAUACGAUAAUAUUUCCGCACGGUUAAAAUAUUGUAUAAAAAAGUAAUACCAAUAUAUAAUAUAGAUAUCCUAUAUUAGGUGAAUUUUAAAGUAAAUAUCUAUUUUACUAUAACGGAAUAGCCGACUUUUCAAACGGUUCUGUUUUGUUUUCUAAAGUCUUGCCACGAAAUCUGGCUUAAUAUUUAGUUACGUAUUUAUGCACUAGACACAGUGGCGCCACCAAGGGGUUUUUUUUGCGUAAUAAUACAUAUUAUAUAUGGUUGCAUGAUUCGCACAUUACAAUUUUAGACGUUUCCUUGUAAUUUUGAACACGUGUAAAACUAUACAAUAUACAUUCAUUUCAUCUAUUUAGUAAUAAUUAUGUUAUCAGGCUAUAAUUUACUGGGUGGGAAGGGGGGGAACUUAAUAGAACAGACGACAAAUUAUAAUAAUCAUCUGCUACUGCAAGUAGGUUAGUAUAAGUAGGUUUCAAUUGUUGGCAAUCUGAUGUACGCGGAGUUACUCCCGCGUAUAGGUGCGUAUUAUAGAAUUCGCUUCAAUUAUCGGAGAUGUAUGAUAAUGGAUAUGCGUUACCUAUACCAACUCCCAACUACAAAUUACAAUAAUAUUUUAAGAGGGUUUUGUUACGUAAUCAUAAUAUAUAUAUAUAUAUAUACACUCGCGCAUUAUCGUUGAUAAACUGUGUAAAUAUAUUUAUAUUGUGUACCUAAUGAUUCAUAUAUUAUAAUAAUGAGAUUAAACCGCAUAAUCGUCGCGUUUAUAUAUCAUAUUAUCUUUGGAGUAAAAACAUAUUAUCAUAAUAUGAUAUUAGGUACCUACUUAGGUUAAAUUAUUAAUGUAUAAUGAGGACGUGCUAUGAUACAACCCGUAAUUCGACGGCGAAAACGGUUUUUGCGCGGGAAAAACUAUUCGGACUAUCUAUAGAUUUAAUUAAAGAAUAAAUUGUUUGCCAUCGAAAAAUGAGAACUUGCGUUACGCACCGUCCGUUUUAUUUUUCCGAUAUUACAAAUACAAAAUCAAAACAGAUUAUUUACGUGUAAAAAUCUGAUUGUUUUGAGUUUUUUAAAAUUCUAAUAACUUUUUUCGCAUUAGUGUUUUUGGAAAACUAAAAUAAAUGUUCCGCAGUGUAAGUGUUUUUUGUUUUAUAGUAAAAAUUUGGUUUUUAACCAAGUUCUUAACUUAGUCUGUGUAGUUUACCGAUUCUGUCUAAACCAAAAGGGUUUUCGUAAUUAUUUUUGUUUACAAAAAAGUGAAUUUGAAUAUUUUUGAGUUUGCUACUCCUUUAAUAUAUAGUAUCCUAGCAUCGAUAGCAUGUCUUCGGUGCAGAUGGCGUAUAAAAGAUUAUUUUACAGUGGAGGGGGGGUUUAUUUAGGGGAGAUUAUAAAAAUAUUAAACCGCAGUGUAUCCAUUUUAAUCAUCCAUUUAUUAAAAUUGUAGGUCAUGAUUUUUAAAUUGGAAUGUUUUUAAAAACAAUAUUUUUUUUUGCAAAUUAGUAAUAAGUAAUUUUGUUAAAAUGUGAAUGGUUAUGAAAAAUGUACCUAUAUUCGACGAUUUAUUUGAAUAUUGUAAUAAAAUGUAGGAGGGGAAGUUUUAUUCUACAUUUUUAAUACACUGGGGAUUUUUUAUCCUACCGGUCAAGUAAUAAGUGGUACCAAGUGGAUAUGACCCACGCAUGACGCAUAUAUACCCCGUUAAUACGCCACUGGUAUACAUAACUCAAUAUCAGUACUAUUAUACACUAUACUUGUUUACAUUAUAUCCGCGUUUUUUAUUUUUGUAAAAACAAAUUAUUUUUUUCAACCGAUAAAAUACUUGCGUCCGUGUCAACUCCUGUUUGCACGUGAAUUAUCUCUCGAAACAGUAAAACUUUUGGGGUGAGAAUUGAUCGCGUGCAGUGUACAAAAUAUAAUUUUGUCACAAAAUCAAAUAAUUAUACAAAAACAUACAAAACACGUACGAAAAUCGGGGGGGGAAAAAAAAUCAAUUUUCCUUUUAAGAAGAAACGCGAUAGGCAAAAACACGUUUAUGCAAAACGAACGAAAGUAUACUUUCUUAUUAAGAUAAAAUAUCAAUGAAACAAAAGUUGGUACAGUUUAUUUGAAAAAAUAUGUACUUUUGUGUUCGUUAUAUCAAUUUGUAUAGUGUAUAAAUAUUUAUAGGUAAAUGCAUAAUGCAAGCUCGGAAAGCGUCAAAAUCGGUAGACGCUUGAUUUAAAUUUGUUGUUGAUUGCAAUUAAGUAGUACUCGUUUAUAAUCUCCACGGAAUCAGAAUAAAUGUUUAAGGGGAAUGCAGCUGAAGUUUACAUCAUUUACCAUAUAAUCUUUAUUGUCGUCCAUAUCCAAGUCCCAAGCUACGUUUUUGAGUUCGUAAUAAUCGUGGGGAUUAUGUGACCAGUAUAUUUUUAGAGUCGUAGAUAUCCUGGCGAUUUCAAUUUUAGACUCUGAAUGGAGUGGAAAAGCUUAUGGUUUUACAAAGAAGUUUAUUUUUUUUUCUGUGGACGACUUUUUUACCAGCAAUUUCGUUUCAAUUUAUAAUGAUGGGAAUUUUUCUAAAAUGAAAUUUGACUGGGGAGGUACUUUAAAGAGAUAAUUUUUCGAUUUUAUCAGGAGUUUUCUCAACAAAUGUGAAAAACUGAAAAAAAAAACGGAAGAAAAAUGGGAAAAUAUAAGAAAUGUAGGUAUUAGCUAAAAAUAUUAUAGCCUUCUUUUUUAAUGCUUAGAUAAACAUUUACGUUCACAGUAGUAGAUUGGCUCACUGGGAAUUUAAGAGUUUCCCAAUGGACUAGACUACUUCGUAGGCAAAUCAUUUUUUUUUUCAAAUUAUUGUUUAAUUUAAUAAACAAAUUAUGAUUUAUGAAUGUGUUUCGAUAAAAAAAAAAAAAAAAUAAACAAUAGAGACGGUUAUCUAGAUUAAGUAUCGUAGAAUAGUUAAAAUGAUAUUUUCUAAUGUUUAUAGUUUUAUUUGAUCUGUGGUAUUAUCAUCAUAAAUUAUCGUUAUAUAUGUUUUAAUGUAUAUUAUAAUGUAGCAUCGUCCAUCGAGUAAAACGUUUAUAAAAUAAUUCAGGAAUUGGCGGAAAUCGGGGGCUUUGUGGGCUUUUUAGAAUGAUAAGCCCCCCAGUUCUUGCAAACAUACACAAAUUUUCACAUUAAUGUAAUCUAUUCUUAUAAAACAAAUAAUAGAACAUACAAUAUUUUAGAUUCUGAGUGUAACAAGGGAUGUAUUGGUUUUACAAUGAUGUUUAUUUUUUUUUAUGUGAACACUUUUUCUACCAGAAAGCAUACUCCGAUUAUCAAGUAUAGCACUUUUUCUGAAAAGAAAUUAUCUCUGAGUGAUACUUUAAAGAGGUCAUUUUUUUAAAUUCUAGUUUUAUUCGAGAUAAUGAGGAAAACCUGGGUCUUUAGGUUAUAAAAACAUUGAAAUAUUAAAAACAAGGUUGUCAUUGACAACCGUUUUUAUUUAUUUUUUGUUAUUAUUAAGUUUUUAUUAUUUUAAUCUUUUUUAAACAAUCAUUGUUGUCAUGAAAACGCACAUUGUUUUAAUCAUUUUCCCAUUUUAAUAUAACAUAAUACCAUAUAUUGUAUUGUUGACAAAGCAAAAUUAUCAACUAAACUCCGCUCAGAAUUAUUUUUUCGUUAGCGAUGGUUUAUCGUUGCUUAUAGAUAUACAUUAAAUUUCCGUCUGUAUCCUACCUCCCAAUUUCCCAUCUAAAACAGACUUGACACGUGACUGCAUCCACGCGCAAAAUAUUGUUUUUAGUUAUCGUCCGUCGAAUAAUUGUUGUUAUUGACUGUUGAUUUAAGUUUUUUAUGUUUCUUUAUAUAUGAGUGUAAAUGGGAGAAUUGAAAUAUCGUAUACAAUGAAAUUGCCUACGUAGGUAAUUCCAACUAUGUUAUGUUAUUUGGUUGACCGAUUUUCUUAUGAGGCACACAUUUUUUUGGAAAAUAUUAAAAUUUAGCACUCAUAUUACACGUAAAAAAAAAAAAACCAAAUAAUAGGAGAUUUCACUAUAAUAUCACAAUGUCUGAUAGGGUAAUUGCAUCGUGCAAAUGAUAUAAAAUGUGUAGGUAGGCAUCUAUUAUUAAAAAUUUGAUAUUAAAAAUAUACCGAUAAAAGAAAUAUAUUGUAUUGAAAAUUGUUUUUUUCAGGAACAAUCCUAUUAAAACACCCCAUUUUAGGGCCACCGAAUGUAAAAAUUCCUUACAAAAUAUAAAAAAAAUCCACGAUGUCCAUAAAAAUCGGUCGGAAAGUAAGAAAAUCGAAAAAUUGAUCAAUGACGGUUUUUCUAAGUCGGUAUACAAACAAAAAAUCUAUUAGACAUUUUGACAUUUUUUUUCUCAGACGCAAGAGCCAUACUUCAACCCGCGAUUGCGAUUAUAGAUUAUAGAUAACAUUGAAUUUUAAUUUAAAAAUCCGUUCAGAGUUAUUUAUGAGAGAGUAUGGGGAGGGGGUGUAGUCUCCCACGGCUUUGGUUUAUGAGAAAAAUCGUUGCCCCUCAACUUUUUCAAUAUAUUUCCGCUUAUACAUGCUGGUCACCCCGUCGGUUUCGUUGCUCACACUAGUGCACGACUACUUUCUACUUACCAUACUCUCCUCGACACUAACCGACGACGCAUAUGCGUGUUUUGUUUUUGUUAAUUUGUAUUACUUAUUAUUCUAAUAGGUACUUCUAAUCUUUCUGUGAGAUUUUAUUAAAAUUGUUCGUCAGUAUGAGUGAAUUUAAUGUAUCAAAAAGGAAAGGUGGUUGUUUUUUGAACAGAUAGUUUUAAUUUUUUUUUUUGUUUUUUUUUUCGAAAUAGUGUAACUAAGUUAAAACAAUUGAUUAUAAAAUAUGAGACAAAUUGCAGAUAAGGUACUACACUUAUGGAAUGGUCUAAAAGUAAAAAUUGGGAAUGGACCUAAUUUAUGGAAAAGUCAAAUAUAUUAACAUAUUAUCUCUUUUACAAAAAUAUAUAUAUAAAUAUAAUACCUAUAUACCUGGUCAUUGACAAUAAGCAAUUAACGUUCAUCGAAAAAACGAACAUCAUAAACCGUAGUCAUCAUGAAUAAAAUAUGAAUUCAAGUGUUUUUUUUUUUAAAUAGGCACUGGUUAAAAUUGUUAAAAAUUCGAUACCAAUAUUUAAAAUGGAAAUCAAAAGCGACAUUUUUUUUUGGUUUCAAUCCCAGUUAAACCCUAUGUUAAACUAAACUAAAUGUUUGAACCGAUAUUUUUUUCAGUACUUGAUAAAUAUAGUUAGGUACUAUCAUAAUAUCAAAAAUAAAAUAAGGAUAAUGAUAGUUUGUAUGUGUUGGAUUAGCAAUUAAUUCAAUUUUCACUUACCUACUAGAAUUUAUACUAAAAAGUCCCAUUAUUUGAGAAUUUAUUAUAAAUUCCGAAAAUAUUCCCUCACUUUUAAAUACCUUGAAAUUACCCGGUAAGUAAUGCAUUAGUGAUGCUAGCUGUAACUAGUGGCAUAUAAUUGCUUAAAAAAGUUGAAAUUUGAUACAUUUAUACAAUUAAUUUAUUACAAAACUUAAAUUGUUCCUCUCCCGCCCUUUGUCCGAUGUUCGCUCUUGAAUAUUGUUCGACGAAAAAUGUAAUAGAUUGUUUAUUUAUGUUGGUCAGAUGAAUAGUUGGGCUAUUUGCGCCGAUCACUGUUAGGUACUAGGAGAAUAUUGGGCCGAUAUCCUCGCAGUUCAUUGUUUCCUGCACCUUACGACUUAUUAUAUUAUUUUAUCGGAGAGUACAAUCGAACUACUUUUAUAUCAUUGCGAUUGACCUUACACGACUUUUGUAUUUUAUUUUAUUUUUUUUUUUUUUAUUAUUUGCUUAUUUCAUUUUAUACACGUAUAUUCCCUUAUGAUGGCUUACGCAGCGAUAAAAUCCAAUUAGCAUUUUACAAUAAUUAAAUUAACACAGCAUGUACUCGUACAUUAUUAUGUAGCACAGUAGUGCGGGUAAAAUGUUUUCGUUGACAACCGUGCUAAUAGAAAAUAAUAACUAGCUUAAAUAGUUUUGGAAUUGGCGAGAUUUCUUGACGACGCCGCGCUGUUCUUAUUGUGCGUCUCAACAGCGUUAUUAAUCACCGCGGCGUAUAUAUUAUUAUCUUCCGUGCUCGUGAAAUGGGAAAACCGAGUACCUAGGUGUAUAGAGAAACUCGAUUAGCAAUUUAAUGAAAAUUUAUUAACUUAUUCCUCAUUGAUGUUAUUUUUCCGGCCCCUGCAAAAACCACUCCAAUAAAUUUGAUAUCAUAAUAUAAUAAUGUAUGUUGGGAUUUUUUUUUUUCGUCGACGAUUCACGGAAAUUUCACAAAACGGAUCCGUGUUAUGAUUUGCAGCUUUAUGUGUAGAAUAUAGACAUAGUAAAGUUUAAUGUAUUUAAGUCGACUCCAUUGGUGGAUCUGAAGCUUAUUUGGGCGGGGAUUGAACUGACAUCACAUAGGUACUUCUAAAACCGUAACUGAAAAACAAUUUUUGAUGUGGAGGAGAGGUCUGAAAUUUGUUUAAUAAACUUUGCACGUUUUAAACGUCCACCACACGGGGACUGGUCACCCCUUCCUCUCAGUUAUGUCCUUGAAUACCUAUAUAGUUUAUAUUUCAAGUAAUCAUUUAAGAAAGUUCAAGGGUGCGAUCGACACGUGCUUCUCCCCCCUAAAAUCCGCCACUAGUUCUAUUAUUGCGACCACUUUUCCAAUAUUGAAGAUGUUUUUUGACGAUUAGUUAUUUAAUAAUUUUAAUUGUAUAAAACAUUUUCACGUUACAGAACUACAACGAGCUAUCGACUGGUUGACUCUGCAGCGAGGCAAAGAUUGGGGAUGGGGAACGGGAACGGGUACGGCACAGGCAAUCGUAGCCAUGGAAAUGACGAAAACCGGUGAUCGUCUGGAACGCGAAUUAAGCGCCAAACAGUUGGAAAUUGAGCUUUUGGCAAGGUUAUGGCAGCACCACGAUCCGGAUUCGGUUACCCUCCAGCAGCAGGAUGACGAAGACGAAGCGCUAACCGUGGCCAACAUAGCGACGUACUCGUUGGCAUUGGCCAGCGCCUGUCACGAUCCCAGACAAUUUCACGGACACGAUUUGAUUGGUACAAAUAAAAGUCGAUUUUGUUUGAAUAUACCCUCUCCCCCCCCAUUGUUCCUUUAGUAUUAUGUUUAGGUAUACAAGCCGCGACGGUAUAAAACAAAUUAAACAUUUUUUUAGGGAACGAUACAUUUCUCGGCCGGAUUUUGACUCUCCGGCUAUAUAAACGCCGAGCACAUAAUACCUACAAUAAUGAUAAAUCAUUCGAAACGAUGUUGUCCUAUAAAUGCUUAGGAUUUAGAUACCCAUACCGGCUAUAAUAUCCGGUAUAGGUAUGUAUAGGUAUUAUAGAUAUAGUCUACGCAUUCAAUCUAAUGUAAUCCGACCGAGAAAUGAACAUAAGCGUUCUCCAAAUUAUUGGCGAACACAUGGUAUUAAUCGUACAUUUGUUUGCAUACACACGUGUGCAUUACAGGUUCGUUGUUGCAACAUGAAACGAUAUCCGAUUUGGACUUUUCGUAUAGCUGUCUGGUGGCGUGCGAAGCAGGCACGCACGUGAGAAAAAGGCACAUCAGACGGCUAAUGGAGAUAGCCAACACAAAGCGCACUGUGGGUCAGUAUUAUUUUAUUUUAAAUAUUAUUAUAGUUUAUUUAUCGAUAUACCUAGGUAUAUUUUCACUACAGCAAUACACCCAACAAAAUAUGAAUCGAAAAAUAUAAAAAAAUAUUGUUGUAAUGUAUAAUACAAUGUGCAAAUGAUGUUCUUUUUUGUUAUAUAAAAUAUUCAUAAUUAUAAAGUACAAAUAAGUACAAAUGCAGCUGGUUCUAAAUGCCAUAAAGAUGAUUCCGGAUCUUGGAAAUACUUUGAUUAAAACAAGAAUGAAACACUUUUUAUUUGAAAAUUUUAAUUUUAAUAAAUAUUUUUUCAAGGGUGAGAUAGAAUUAUUGAAAACUAAGUGGGGACAAACAAUUUGUAAAGAUAUAAUAAAAUGAUAUAUUUUUAGAAUAAAAAUUGAAAAUGAUUAAUUCAAUUUAAAUUUUAGAAUCUGAGUGUAGCGAAGGAGACAUCGGUUUUACUAAGAUGUUUAUUUUUUUCUAGUCUGGAUACGUUUUUUCCUAGUAAACUUGCUCCAAUUUUUACGUAUAGCAACUUUUCUGAAAGCCCAAAUUAUCUAAAUGGUACUUUAAAAAGGUUAUUUUUUAAUUUUUGACUCCAUUUUUUAAAUAAAAGCACUUAAGUGGGAAAAAACGUAGAAAAAUGUACGAUUUCACGAUUUAAUUAUUUAAUAAAAAAACACAAACGACGUUUACUACCAGAAAAAAUGAUUUAAUCGAAAAAUCACACGAUACCUUUCUUGUUGCCUUUUUGAUUUACUUUCUUACGGUAUUAUUGCCAAAACUUUUGAGUCACUUUUAAGCUUGUAAGGAAUUUUAAUUUUUGGGAGUUUUUUGCUGUAAUUCGGUUAAAAACACACGUAGAGUCUUGAAAUUUGGUCAUAAUACUUAUAUUGGACUUACCUAGACGUGGUAAAAUUUUCAAAAUCAUCGGACGACCUUUUUUAUUUAACAAACGUUUUGAAAUCAAAUUUAAACGAAAAUCGUAAAAAAAUGACGGCACUUCAAAUUAUGUAUAACCAAACUGCUCUGGGAAUCGUUUUUCGUCAAAAAUGAUUUAUCUUUGCUUACAGAUAUAAAGGAAAUAACUUUAUGCAUCCUACCUUCCCAACUUCUCAUCUACAACAGUGGCCACUCCCAUCCCCAGUAUCAGCUUUUUUUUUAUACUGUGACAAAAAUUUCUAUCAGAAAUCUUGCUUCAAUAUGUAAGUCUAGUACCUUUUUUAAAAGUAAAUAUUGUCAUAUUGACUAUAUGGUACUUUCGAAAGGUUAUUUUUUUGAUUUUCCAAGCAGUUUUCAUAUCAGGAAAACCCAGGAAAAAACGUAAGAAAAACGAGAAAAUUUACGAAAAUAGUGCUAUUAUUUUUUGUUGCAAUUCAGUUAAAAAUAUUCGUAGACUUGAAACUUGGACAGAAAACUUAUAUUUGCCUUUUUUCGACUUGGUAAAAUUAUUGAGCAAUUUAUUCGGUUAGGUUUAUUCGGUAGGUAUUCUGUGGAUACAAUUAUUAGAUCAAACAGAAAUGCUUGAGAAUUUAACAUGAGGUUCAUUAAAAGUCGUACUUUUUAGUAAAAAAAAUAUUGAGUAGAGGCUAAUUGGCUAGUAACUUUUAAAUAUUCAUCGAAAUGAAAUCAAAAAUAUAGAAAAUAAAGUUGAUCAAAUCGCUUACAAAACGCUGCUUAAAAUAAAAGUAUUUUAAGUAUUUAACUUUUAUUAAUUAUUUUUAUUAUUAUUUUUAUUAUUCAUAUUGUCAUUUAUUUAAUUUGAAAAAAAUUAAUUUAACUUUUAAAUUGUACUGUUACUGCAUUUGUAUAAUAUAUCUGUAGUCUGUUAAGCUAAUAUAAGUUGAAAUGACAUCAGGCAUAAAGGUUUUAAGAUUUUGUUGACCCAAAGCGGAGGUAUUAAAGAGUAAAAAUUGUUCAAACCCCCUCUUCCUCUUAAUGGAAUUGUCCCAAAGAUAUCUCUGAGCAAUACUAUUAACUGAGCUCCACUCAGAAUCGUUUUUUGUUGGUGAUGCUCAAAUUUAUUUAGGUACAAAUAUACAUUAAAUUUCCCUCAAUAUUCUUCUCAUUUCUCAUUUAUAACAGUGGUCCACUCAUUGUGCGAAGCAUGUCUUACCAAAAUUGGUUUAUUUAUUGAAAAUUAUUGUUUUUGUUAAACUAUAUUCGAUUAGUAUCUACGAUUAGUACACGAGUCAAUGUUUGCCAAAAUAAAAUGUCUGAUCAUAUGAGAUCUCUAAGGCUUCAAUGGAAUUUUUUCAUUUAUAAUAUAAUGAUGACAUUUCUGCAGAUUUCAUCCUACAAUUAUAGCAUUUAAAAGGAUUAUUAAACACAAUAGUUUAAACAAUCAAAGACCUCGCUUUAUUAAUAAUUAAAAAUGAUUUCUGUGCAACAUACUACGAUGCAAUAACUGCAUGUAUAAUUUAUAUUUCACUGCCUGUGACAGUUGUAACAGCAGACAAGUUAUUCUCAAAAUUGAAAUUAAUCAAAAUCUAUUUGAGGAAUAGCAUGGGUCAGGUUCGCAUUUUGAAUAUAGCUAUUUUAAAUAUUGAAAGAGAUGUAGCUAAUAAACUAGAUUUGAAAAAAAUUAUUUCUGCAUUUGCAAAUUCCAAAGCGAGAAAAAAAUGUAUUGUAUGCAAAUAACUAAAUAACUAAAUAACUGCUGUAUUCUCACAAGUAUUAAUAUAUUUUUAUUUGUUUUUAUGAAUAUAUUAUGUUUACAUGUAUUUGGUUAAUCUAUUCCAAGGUUUUAUAUGACUAGGUGUUGGGUGAGUUACAAAAAUAUGUAUGGAAUAGAAAACGUGUGUUAUGCCCAUCAUUAUUAGAUCUUCUUAAUUUUAUUUACAAAAAAUUAGAAAUUUAUUAAUAUUAUAUGGUUUUUUCCAAAUGACAAUUUGUCGAAUACUUCAAAUUUUGUUUACAAAUAUAAGCGUAAAAACUUAAAUUAGAGCCCCUUCAUUAAAAGUGACACUGAGGCCCUAGUUGACUUAGUUAUGCCACUGCCAGAACAUAAUACUUUAAUUGCUAUUAUAUAUUAUUAUUGACUGGUUUGCACUAUAAUAUAACAAUUAAACAACAAUGCCCAGCCCGGAUUUUUAUACACGCACAAAAAACCGGGCCAAGCUGUAUUAUUAUAUAAACUGGCUGAGCCAGGAAUUGUGCAUGUAGUCCUCUAGUUAAUAGAUUUCCAUAGCCCAGACAACCCUGUGUGGUACGAUAUUGAUUUGAAAUAAAUAUUUAUAGGAAGUUUGAAUUAGUUAUUAAUUUCAUCAAAGGUUUUAAUUGCCGUGUAUUCGUUGAUUAUGCACGUUAAGUUGUGUGUGACUGACUUAAUAUAUUUUUCAUGCAUAAUAUAGGGGUAGUAAAAAAUAAUAGAAACGCACCUUUAUAUUCGUCAAUACUAGUCAAUAAAUUUCAAUUUCCCAUGAAAAACAAAUACCAACUGAGGACUGGGGCCUUGGCUCAUACAUUAACCACUAGGAGGCAAUAAUUUUAUUAAUACGAUAAAAAAAAAAACAUUCCUCAUUGAGGUAAAUAAUAAUAAAACGUUGCGUUUAAUUAUGAAAUAUUCUUGGCAGGUCGGUUUUUCUGAGCCCAUAAAUAUUGUUCUGGUCCCUUCGAGUUUUUAAAACAAACAAAAAACAACUAUUUAGACUUACUUUAAAUUAUAUUAGUUUUUAUUUAUACCCAUUCUCAUCUACUCUUAAUUAAAUCUUUGUUAUUUAUUAAAGUUUUAAUAUUUUUUUGAUUUUAUAUCAUUAAUUCAUAUACGUUCUUUGUAACUACACAUACUAUAAUAAAGAGAUUCUUUCGCGACAUUUAUACAUUUUUACAAGGACAACUGGCUAAAGCUAUUAGGUAACGCGAUACUAAUUCAACAAAUUUACACGCACGUUGUCACUUACAUAAGUCCUCGACCGCUAAUCUGGGUUUGUUUGUAUCUUCGUUCUUGUAUUGAACCGUCAUAAACAAAGAGUUUUCAGUCACAUAUAAUGGAAACUAUAACGUCGUGUAAUCUACAGGGUGAUUUUUUUUUAUCGCGAUUUAUCAGGCCCGUCAUCUUGGCACUCGCACUUUGGAAUUUUAAAACCAAACCAAAGCUAUUAUUUAGUAAGGAAUUUUUAAUUAUUUGUCACGUUUAUUUCCGAAUUUGUAACUCUUCCCAGACCUGAGAAAAACACUUUUUUUAUUUUCUGGGUGCUGAAACGACGUCUUCCUGACAUUAUUAAUGUACUUACAAUAUUUUUAAGAAAAUAAUUUUUGAAUAUUAUAUUUAAUGAUAUAAUUUAUUUCAAAGUAUCACAAUGUGAUAAAUUAUAGUUUCAAAAGAAGAUAUUAUAUAGGUAUAUAAAAUAAUUAAUUAAUAAAUAUAUUUCUUUAAAAUUAAUGUCUUUUAUUCUCAUAAUAUCUUAGUAUAUAAUAAAAAUUAUUUGAUUUGGGUGUAAUAGAAAUUCAAUACUUACUAGCCUAUUAUCAUUUACUAAUGUAAUUUUAUUACAUUUAUCCAUGGAUGAAAUUAAGUAUUUAAAUCAGUGCUUUUAGUUAACAAUCCAAAAGACGAUGUGGGUGCCAGGAAUGCGUCGUUCCAGCACGCAGAAAAUAAAAAAAAUGUUUUUUCGAUUUUGUUAGGGGUUAAAUAGUCGGAAAUAAAGGUUUCAAAUAAUUUCUUACUAAAUAAUGCCGUUGGUUUUCAAAAUUCCAAAGUACGGGUGCCAGAUUGACGGACCUCGAUUUAUCACAGAGGAUUUUAAGUGAAUUUGAUUUCUGUUUUUUUUUUUUUUUUUUUUUUUUUUUUUUAUCAUUUUGGUAUCAUUUAGCUUUAUUUUAAAAUUAUUUUUAAUUGUUUACCUCUAUUUGAUAUAUUAUACACCAUAUACCUACUAUACCUAUUCCCAUAUACCUAUUGUUAACUUAUUUUAGAUUUUCUUCUAUUAAAAUGAAGUUAUAAUAUCAUUUGCAAAUAUAAUGCACCACGGUAUGUCCUUUCACUUGUUGUUGCAUUGGAGAUGGGAUAAUCCGCUUAAGUCUUAUUUAAAACUUCUCAUAUCCUACUGUUUGACAGAAUUUUACACCGGCUGUCGACUUGACGCAACUCCAUUUGUUGCCUCUUACGACGGGUAAAGGUACCGUGGGAUUAUUUUGAUCCUCUCCCAUACGGAGAAUGGUAUUAUCGAUUUUAAAGUAAAUUCCUCCACCCAACACAAAUAAUGCCAUAUGCUUACUGGAAUCACCCACUAGUAGGAACUCGGGGUUCCGGAUUUGUUAAGCCCGUAGUAUCAUGUGCCCUCCUGAAGUGACCUACUUAAUAAUAUCAACAUUUUAUUAUUAGGUAGGUACCUAAUAAUAUCAAACUUUAAUUUUCAGACUCAUUGAGCGUAGCCAUACUAGCGUUCCAAUGUGUGGAGCAAGACCACCGCAAUCGAAACGUGAAGCCGUUACUCAAAAAACCGUUGGCCACUUUGGUGUCGCUUCAACAGCAAGACGGAGGAUUCGGUAGCCUUCAUACGACCGCGUUGGCGAUCCGAGUGAGUGGCUUUUUGUGUAAAUUAUAAAUUUCUUAUCAUUUUUUUUUUUUUUUGUAAUUCAUUUUGAAGAUAUAAUAUCUAGAAAAACGGCAUCAACCGACCAAACCAUACACGCUCUAUUAAGUAAUCCAAUAUUUUGAAAUUUCAUCACUCGAUUUUUAAUAAUUUUUACGUUCAAAAAUUUAGAUGCAAAAUUUUUUUUAAUUAUAAUUUAUUUUUACACGUGCGUUGCGAGAAAUUCCAUAAAAUAACACGUUAAAAACUUUAUAGAAAAGAUUAAAUGACACCGAAUGAAUGCACAAAAACUCUUAUUUAGUUAUGUUACCAAUUGAUUUUUGAAAAUGUCAAGGGCCGGAAUACUCGAUCUCGGAACUCAAAUCAAGCGUAAUAUAAAAUGUUUUUGAGCGAUAGCAUACAGGUAUCCUAUAUUGUAUCAAAAUAAAAUAUGGGUAAUGAACUCGUGACGUGCGUCGAUUCGAGGAGAUUGUUUAAUAACAUUCAAAUAAGUCAAGAGUAUACUUUUUUUUUAUUUCUUAAAAAUAUAAAACGUUGACGUCAAAUCAGUAUAAUAUUAUAACUUUUAAUUUAUGAUUAGGCGUUACAUGAGGGUAAAGCGGCGUGGAACCGGACGAAGGCGGUCGAUUGGCUGGUGAAUCACCAAGGGCCCGAUGGAGCUUUCUUCGACGUGCCAACGACGGCCGAAGUCAUAAUGGCGUUGGCGAGGGUCUCCGGCGUGGCUGAAGGCAUAGCGGACCACUGCGAAGUCCGACCCGGGGCUGGUGAGUGUUCGGGGCGUGUUGUGACGCACGAUUAUUUUUUUAAUGGAAACAAAGUUAUAGUAUUAGUAGUAAGUUAGCAGUAAGUUUUAUGCGAUAAUAAUUAUUCUAUAGUCGGACUGGAACCGUCGUUCCGUCUCAUCGUCCCGAUCCUUCUUCCCUCUCUUCAUCUAUAAUUGACGCAACUCGCGGUUUUUCCAUUCUAAAUCUUCUCUUAUUAGCGCUUCCACUUCUCGUUUUUUUUGGCCAUCACGGAAGUUUUUUCUAUAAUCGGGUUCUGCAUAUCAUGCAUGCUCAUCCGAACUUUUAUUUCAUAAUUAUAAUUAUACUUUCAUAUCCAUCAUAUUUCCUUACGUUUCCUUCUCUUCUUCCGCACCGGUUUCCUUCUCUGCCUAAUAUGGUAUGUCACUCAUCUCCCAGAUCAUGCGUAUGUCGCUGGCAUUGAUCACUGACCACAAACCUAUUUUAUAAUAUAAAAUAUUAUAUUGUAUGCGAGCCCGAUCUAAACUUUUUUUUGGCAUGUCACGCAGAUAAGGACAAUGUUGGUACCGCAGUCAUCAUACCGCACCCGUCGUCUGUCGAUACCAAACAUCCGGUUACGGACAACACUACUGACGUCGUCACUGUUGCAAACGAUAACAGACUGUCGCAGCAGCAACAACAGGAACAACAACAGCAGCAGCAACAACAGCAACAGCAGCAGCAACAGCGACAGCAGAACUCGUCAGACGCCAGUAACGUUAACGUGACGGUCAGCUAUACAAUAUGGAUCGGUGGCAACAUCACGGAAAAACGGUCUAUCAAUAUCACGGCCGACCGAAACGUUACAUUUUACGAGAUCAUGCAGAAGGCGUCCGAAUUGGACGCAGCUUUCGUGUACGAUAUUUGUAUUAUUAUUAUAUUUUUUUAAAACAGAGUUGAAUAAAAUUGACAUAAAUUAAUGACGAUGCACCACAACCGGUUUUUAAACUUUGAACAUUGGUGGGCAGAUGUUAGGAAUCUGUGCAAAAUUUGAUUGUGAUAACUUUUGGUACCUAUAUCAGAUAUUUUAUGAAAAUUUUCAAUUGGGACAGAUCAAAUUUUAAAACGAUAACCGACGCCGACAGUCAAAUAAAUAAUAAAUACAACAAGUGCGAUUGAAUACAACUCCAAUUAAUUUUAGACUCCGAGUACACCCAAAAGUUUUUGCUCAGUGUAAAUAUUUUAUUUGAUAUGUUUAUUAAAAUUCCAGGAGUUCACCACUAGAUUCUAUUUUCUUGUUGAUUUUUUUGGCAACAAAGAAAAAAAAAGAUUUAUAGAUAGUUCGCUCAAAUUUUUUUCUUUUUGUUCAUGAUUUGUCAUUGUAUACAGCAAUAUGUAACCUAAAUUACCCUAUAUAUUCAUUACCAGUGGUGACCAACCCGUAGAUCACAUACUAUUUCAGUAUCGAUCUCCCUUUGUUAGAAAUUAUUUGUAUACAAUUAGUAGAUCAUAGAUAAAUUAUAAUUGCCGAUAAUUUUUACCUUAUUAGAUCAUCAGUUCAACAGUUUUUAUGUUGCCUACAAUUUUAGGUAUAUUUAAUUUAUAAUACUAUUUUAGUCUUCAUAAAAGUAUGAUGAAAAACAUUAUUCAACUAUACAUUUUAUUUACAUUAUUUGUACAUGUAUGUUCAUUGUUAUUAAUAGUUAUAAUUUUUUUUUAUGGAUAUUAAUUCUCAAAAGAAAAAUAUAUUCUUAGUAAAUCUCUGACAAAAAGUUUGGCCGUCCCUUUCCAAUACCUUAUUUCCAACUACUUACCUACAACAGUCGCCUAUUUGAAAAUUUGGGUAUUUUAUAUUUUGGUUAAAUCAAAAUUUGGGCUACCUGUUUUCAAAAUAUCAAUUGAAAGUAUCAAACAAAAAAUAUUGUUUAUCUCUGGACUUUUACCCAGUAUUUUAUCAACUUUUUGUUUAUAUAUUUUAUCAAACUGACAUUAUAUAACUGCUACGAUAUCUUUAAAAAUCAUUAAUAUAUUAGUUUUUACGUAUAAAUAGAUUCUCAUAAAAUUAAAAUAAAUAAAUCAAAUUUAAGCGCGUUGGACGUUACAGAAAUUAAUCCCACUUUUUUAUCCACAAUCCUCAUACACUCUAUUUUACAAGACGUGUUGUUGAUUUUAUAAUGAGUAAAUAGAUAGUACCCAAAACUUACAUUCUAAUUUUUAAAAUAACUGAAACAAAAUAAUAAGCAAAGGUAAUGGAAAUAAAUAAUUCGAUCAGAUAAGAGAGAGAACGACUUAUAUUUAAACAAAUAUUAAGCGGACUCCCUAUCUGAGGAUGAUAUCUGGGUCAUUAUAGAUUGACACCUAUGGUUACACAGUAUACUACUCAUUAGACAUUCUGUUAUUGGUUUUAAUAUAAUGUUAAAAGGAAAAUUAUUAUACACUUGAAAUUAGUAGUAGGUAUAAAAAAAUAACAUAUUUAAAUCUUUAAAUUUAGUAGUACAUCAAAAAAAAUAGUUAAAAAAUAAUAGUUAAAAAAUAAUAUAUAAAAUAUAACAAAAUAGAAAGUGGUUUUCAAAUCUAGGAUUGGGUAAAUACAUACUCCUGUUCCAUUCCCCUAAAUUGGAUUUAAAAUUUUUGAAAAAAAACAUUAGUCUUCAAUUCGUUACUUAGAUAUUUAUUCGACAGUUAGUUUUAAAAAGUUAACGGUAAAACUAAUUAAUUAUGAUUAACUAAUAGUUAAAAAUUAAAUUUUUAAUCAUUUAAUACCCGUCAUUGUGAAAAAGCAAACCCAAUAAUUGAAAUAAUAAUGACUUUGUAUAACAGACUAUACAAUAUGAAAUAAUUAUACCUAAUAUUCUAAAUAUCUAAAUACUACAAAUUAAUAAUUGGUUUUCUUAUAGAUUCGCAUCUACGGAAUGGCCAAACGGUCACUAUGUGCACACCUUGUCGGGGCUCAAGGAGGAACCGUUGAGUUAUAAUUUUUGGCUGUUGUAUAAACUUAAAUCGUCUCCAGAUACGCAAAAUCCACCAGGCAAUAACCUGGUAGCUCCCACCGGUGUCGACGAUCUGAUCGUUCAGGAUGGCGAACACUAUUUAUUUUGGUACAAGAAGCUCUAAGUUCUGUAGGUCAGUUAUCACUACACGUAAUACUGCGUUUUUGUUUUACCGACGACAAUAUUGAUAGUAUUACCUAUGUAUAUAGUCUUUACUUGUGUUCUAGAGUAACGAAAAUGGAAUUUUGAACGCGCACGACAUACUUACAUUUAUCUACUACAAAUACGCGUUCAAACUAAGGUCGACAAUAAUAUUAUAUUAACAAGAAAAAUAAUUUUUUAAACAAUUUCUUUUUUUUCCCUAGAAAUUAAGUGAUAUUAUUAAUAUUAUUAUUACAUACCUAUUAUUAUAAUUACUAUUUAUACAUUCAUUUUAGACUUGUCGAAAACCAUGUGUCAAAGAAGUUAUUAUUCUCCGUAUAUUUAGGUACGCUUGUAAAAACUAAAACAAUUUUUUUUCUCGCCAACUAUACCUUUGGUCUCAGGAGAAAAGGGCUUCAAUUAAUUUUACAUAGUCUUCAAUACAAGCAAAUUAAAUUUUGUGAAUUUCUUAAUGGCUUAAUUGCUGAGUAGAUAUUAUUUAUCUAAUAAAUAUGACUUAUGCUUCUUUUGCCAAACAAAAAGUAAAUAAUAAUGACUUAAGACAUUUUAAUGUUUUGGAUAACAUAUUGUGUUACAGUACAUGCACUUAUGCCAUUUAGACCAAAAAUUACAUAGACAAAAUUAUACAAAUAUAUAUAUAAAAAGAGCCAAAAUUGACUUAAACCCUUUUUCCUCGGAGCCAAUGGUAUAUUAUUCAUAUUAUAUACCUUUAAAUUUUAAUAAUGUCAUAAUUUUUGUUUUCCUAUGUACUCAAUCAUCACCGCAGUUCAUAAUGCUUUUUACGUAUACUAGUUUUAGUUUAGCUAUUAUGCAUUUCGCCCAAAGUGCAUUGCGUAUGGGUACCUUACAAUAAUAUUAAUAUACCUAAUGUACCUAUCGUCAUAUAAAUAGAUAAUAUUAUAUAGCUACAACUAUAAUGUCAUAUCAUCACUUGAUAUUCAUAUACCUAUCUAAAAUAUUAUUAAAACUACUUAAACCUAUUUCCUAUCUAUAUUAUAUUAUUGUACCUACCUACUUGUAUUGAUAUAAUUAUGUUUUAUCAUAUUAAAAUCUUUGGAAGGCUGUGGAAAACUAUAUGAUUGACUUUCGAAAUUAAUAUCGUUCUAAUAUAGACAUUAGUUAGGUAUAUUGGUAUAUAUACCUAUGUAGAUAUACAUUAUACACUUUUCGAUACAAAUAUAAUUCACUCGCUUUUAGAUUCUGACGGUACCUAAGAAAUGUUUUAUUAAUAUAUUAUUUGUUUUUUUUUUUUGUCAGAUUUUCCUUGAACAUAGAGACUAUUGCAGUCUACUGUCCUCGUUAUAUAGAAAUAUAAUUCUAUAUAUUAUUAUUAAUAAUAUAUUAUUUAUAUUAUUUUUUCUGCCACUAUUUAAUAUACUUUUAGCGUGUCUUUUUCUGGACCAUAAUAUGAGCUCAAACUCGGGAAUUCGAGGAAUAAGAAUUAUUUUAUAGGCGGAUCGGAGUGAUACAAAGUUGAAUUGAAUUUCAAUAUGUUUUAUGAGUUUCACCACUUUGUUGAGGGUGGAUUUGACAUAAGUAUUAAGGAUGCGCCUUAUGGGGGUUUAAACAUUUAACACCUACCUCUACCAUUUAUGUGCUCAUGCUCAAGCUAAUGAAUUAUAAUAUAUCAACCCACUGAGCUUAGAAUUUUCACCGUGCCAAAAUUAUGUAAAAUAGAUCAAACUAGCAUAAAUUGAAUUACAAAUAAGUAUAAUUUUGAGCGGCCCAUAGAAAUUGUCUCGAUAGCUUGACUGUUCAAUCCGGGUUUGGCUCGAAUUUCAAAUUUCAGGUUUAUUUUGGAAGUUAUACAUUAUAUUAUUUAUAAUGUUCGGUUGUUUAUUGUUUUACGAAAAAUAUUUCUAUAAUAAAAAAUAGAUGGGAGAGAAUUAGACUCUAGUGCUGGAAUUUUGCUUAUAGGUUUUUGUUCUGUCUGUUAACAACUAUUAUUAUACCAGAAAUAUUGUUCUAAUCUAAUCCUGGUAGCAAAUUUUCUCUUGUUGAUGCAUCGAAGAUGUCAUUAUUUUAGAUUUUGAGCGAAGUGAGGAAUGUAUUGGUUUUAAAAGGUUUAUUAUUAUUGUUUAUUAAUCUGUAGUUAACUUUUCUACCAAAAAUCUUGCUCCGAUUUUUAAGUGUAGCACUUUUUCAGAAAUUUUAACUAGUCAGUACUUUGGGCAAAUCAUUUUUUUGAUUUUCCAUAGGGUUUUCAUAAUAAUUGGGAAAAAACGUACACGUAAACGUAAACAAAUAAACGGACAAAUAUUUACGUCAUAACGAUUUCGUGAUUUUAGAUUUGUACACACUUGUUUUCUUCUAGAAAUCUUGUUUUAACAAGAGACGUUUUUGAUUUUCUGUGCAUUUUUUUUUAAUGAUAACCAAACUGAAAAAAAAAACGUAGAAAGAACGGAACUAUUUACGAAGAUAAUGUUUUUAUUAUUUUCAAUUUUCAAUUCUUUUCUGAAAUUCAGUUUAAAAUAUUGGUAGAGACUUGAAACUUAUACUUUAUCUGAACUUCGCUCAGAAUCAUUUUUUAUUAGCAAUGAUUAACUAUUGCGUACACAUAUAGAUUAAAUUCCCCUCUAUAUCCUAUCUUCUAAAUUAAUAAUUGGUGCAUGUACACAGGGUUCAAAGUUCUAAGUGCUAAGUGAAGUUUGAAGACGUCAUAUCGGAAGAUUUCAAGGUAGUGACGGAGUUUAGACUAGAGGAUGCAUUAUCCUCAGCGCCAUUCAAUAUAGCAUUAGAGUCAGUCGUCAGAGAAACCUUAAUAACAGCAAAUGGAACAAGAAUUGGACCUAACAGGCAGUUAGUAAUGACCGCAAAUGUUGAUGACUUAGUUAUAAUGACAGAAAAUCAGUGGCGUAUACAGGAAUUUUUUCUUAGAGGGGGCUGAUCAUUUACAUAUUAGGUACAUUACAAAGAAAAAAAAACAUAGUAACUACAAAAUAUUGAUUGAAAAAACUUUAUUUAAAAUUGUAAAAUAAUAAAUUAUUAUUUUAAUCAGAUUGUUAAUUUUAGUCAUCUAGAUUUUUCACUGUUCAAAAACUUAUCUAAGUACCAUAUCAUCAGUGAUAUUUACAUCCCUACGAUUUGACAACAGAGCUAAUCCUACAAACCGUGAUUCCGAUGUUGCAUUUCGAAGAUAAUUUUUCAAUCUCCUUAAUGUUGAAAAACUUUUCUCAGCAAUGGCUAUUGUAACUGGAAGUAUUGAUAGUAAUCUAAGAAUCUCAUACAUAUUUGGGUAUAUUAGUGGUUCACAUUGUUGCAGUGCUUUGAUAACAGUCAAUGACUGAGAUUUAGAUCCAACCAGAUUCUAUUCUGACUGCCAUAAUUGAUAUUCCGUUUCUAUGUCAUCAUACCCUUUUAAAUCAUGCUGGCAAAAUGUAACUGCUGUUUUAAGGUUUGAAUAUGGUUUAUCUCAAAUCAUAUUUAGUAAAUUUUAUUGUAGAGAAUUUAUUGUUUCUUUAUGUGAUAAAAAACCGUUCAUUGAAUAAUGAAAGUAUAACAUCUAAGUGAGGUAUAAAAACUGUUUUCCUAUAAAAUGCUUGAUUAUUUUGAAAAGAAACAUUUUGGCAUUUGGCGGUUUCUUUAAGUAAUUCAAAUUUGUGGCAUAUUUUCUUUCACAUUUAAUAAACUUUUUUAUAUAUUUCAUUAAAUUUAUCAGUUUUAUUUUCUCUUAAAACUUGAAGUUGAAUUGUUACUUGAUUCACUCUAUCAAGCGCAUUCACUUGAUUAAUAGUUUUACUUUGCAAGUAUUAUGAUAAAUAAUUAGUUAUUACAAUAAUAAUUUAAGAUUCCCUGAAAUUUCAAAAGGGGCUGCAAACCCUUUAGCCAUCUAUAGAUAAGCUACUGCAGAAGAUGAAGUGAAUUUAAUAUUCAACUUAAAAAAUUAGGUUAGUUUGUCAUA